AUGGUCCGUGAAACCUACAGAAAAUCCUCCAACGGAGCCUUUCAACCAAACAAAUUUGGCAGUUACGACGGAGAUCAUGAGGAGAUCACCACAUUUACCAAGAACUCAAAGACAGGGAAAUAUGAGACUGACAUACAUUCGAAAUACGACAAGAACGGGAAGGAAGUCAAAACAUACAAAUACUGCGAAGUCGACAAGGAAUAUCGUCGACAUGUUGGCGGUAAGUUUGACAAAGAUGGAAAAAAACUAAAGCCCCGAUCCAAUCUUACAGAAGCAUUAAAUCAUGAUCGUACUCAAGAACGGGGAACUGGAAGCAGGCCCGAAGGGUCGCAAAGGCCUGAAAUAACCGGAACAAGUCUUCCGCGUUCCGCACAAGUUUCAACAUCACGAACUCUUACCCCGAGACAAAUUGAGCAACAAAGAAUGGAAGAGACACAAGCUUCAGAGCUCUACCAUGAUGACGCGCCCCCGCCAUCAUACAGUCCCCGUCGUUUUCGUAUCGGUCCUAAUAAUCCAAUGCUUCAGCAAAGAGGAGUCCGACGUGGUCAACAGGUUCCCGAAUAUCAACCUGUUGCUUCUACAUACAGUAAGCCAACUGGUCAGAGUCACCGUCUAGGUCACGGAAACGAGCCACGAAUGGAGGAUUUUGGUGGUAGACGUGAUACUGCUGCUCCCCAAGCUUACUCAAGUUCCGACGAUAAAACUGCGGGACGACAUGGUAGAAGGCCUUUAACGAGCGAUGAGGAGCCGAGCCAUAGUCAGACCAGUAGUUCGCAGGAUAUGUUUAAAUUCUCUGAGUCAUCAUCCUCAUCAGAUACGGGAAACAAGCCUAUGAGUGAGGCCGCCUUGAAAGAUGCUAAAAAGAAGGCACCUAACGAUGCCAAGAAAGCGGAAGUCAAAAGGACAGAAGCCACGAAGGUAGAAGAAGCCAGAGUGAAGGAAAUCAGGGAUGGGAAAAAACCGGUGAAGCUGACUCGCAAUGAGAGUACAAGCUCAGGUUCAGUAGCAGACAUGGAGAACUCACCACCAAAAGCUACCCUUGCUCGUCGUACGACGGGUGACAAGGCACUUGUAUCACGUCCGAAGCCGAAGCCAAAGGCAGAAGUGCGUUCAAGUCGCCCAGACCGUGAGACUAAGGAAUCACACCACAAGAGAGAAACUAGCGCUGAACGAAAGACCGGUAAGGCAAAGGUUGCUGAGGUUGGAGAUGCUAGUAGAGCACGUAAGCAGAGUCGUCCGAGGAGAAAUGAAUCGAAUGGGGAUGAUUUAUAUGAUGCCUAG